GUGUGGAGUGGCUGGGGAGGGGAGACUGGUAACCAAAACCUCCCUUUUUCAUAUGGAUUUAAAAUCCGCCAGCAAGGAGGAUCAGUUUGACUGGGAUGAGUUAAAGGUCAUCUCGAAAAUUAAAAUUGAACCGCGCAAGCCUAAAGUUAAUAUCACACUGAAGCAUGAACGACCCGCCCUCAUAAACGAGCUUUAUGAACUUCAGCUGGUUGUUGAGAGUUUGGAAGAUACACCGCUGAAAGACCUCAGAGCAUGGCUUGGAUUUCAGGAUGAGCAGGAAUCUCCCGAAAGAGGCGCUUUGAUAUACUCAGAAGUACCCGCAGCAGAUCAGGCUGAGAGAGAUGCAACGAACUUUUUGGAAUUUACUGUGGAUGGAAAGACUGAUAAAGUAUGAGAGGUUGUA